GCCAACUCCCAGCUCCCAGUUCAAGUUGUGAAAAUGCUGAGGGGUGGUGACGGUGGGCGGUGGUUUAUCUCUUAUCGCAUUUUUAGAAUUAUGUGAUUUUAUUCCUAGUUUAUGGUGCAGUUCUGAGCAGAUAUAUAGCUAUUCAGUAAGCUAGGUUUAAUUCAUCAUCAGAAAUAAAUUGAUACUGAUUGUUUGUCACCUGAAUGAGUAAUGCCUUCCAAUAUCAAGAAAAGGUUUGCUGGAUUCUUGCGGCAGCUAUCCAGCAAUAGCCACUGUGCUGCAGCUGACCAAUCUGUUGCUGAUCUGCGUGGGAACACUGAUGGAUGCUUUAUCACUAAGUAUCUUAAUGGCGAGCUGUCGCGCUCGGAGGUGGCCAUUGACCACGCGCGGGAUGCCGCUCAGCUGCCGGAGCAGCGCAUCGGCCCGCUGCAGCCGACCGUGGUGGCCGCCUACACGGGCCCGGCCGGCGGGCUGACGGCCGUGCCGCACCGCGCCCAGCCGGUCACCUCCAGCGAGCCGGGCAUCAACUACAUCGACUCAGACGACGAGUCGGAGGAGGAGCCGGCGCCCGCGGACGACGAGUGCCUGCGGCGUACGCAGCAUGACGAGAUCGCUGGAACAGUGAACUGGAACCGACCGCACCCGCGCGCCUUCGGCAGCUCCGUGUCGCUGUACGAGUGUCAUCCGGUCACCGGGGUGCACGCAGGUGAACCGAUCGCCGACGCGUUCGGCGUGGUAUGUCGGAGUAACAGCGCCCUGCUAGCUCUGGCUGACGGCGUCAACUGGGGCGAGAAGGCUCGGCUGGCAGCGCGCUGCGCCGUCCACGGCUGCCUCGACUACCUGAACCGGGCGCUGUUCGGCGCCGCCGCCAGCGUGCAAAGCACACAGGACGUGUUUGCGGCGCUGCUGCAGUCGUUUCACGCGGCACACAGUCUGAUCCUGCAGGAGGGCGGCAUGCUCACCACCCUCACCGCCGCCGCCGUGGUGCCCUGCCAGCUGGCACAGGGGCGCACGCGCGCCAAGUUCGUCGUCUGCGUCUGUAACGUCGGAGAUAGUCUGGCGUAUGUGUUCAGCUCGCGACAUGGUGUCAGGGAAAUCACCAAAGGUUCUCACGACAUAAACAGCAUGCGCGACAUGCGGGACGCUCUGGGAGCGCUGGGACCCGUGGCUGGUCAGAACCCGGAGCUCAACAACCUCACCCUGUCAAUGACUCAGGUGGAGCCGGGUGACAUCAUCUUCCUCACCAGUGACGGCGUCAGCGACAACUUCGACCCCGUCGUCGGCAAGUUCGUGCUGCCCAAGAAGGCCGACGAGCCGUCUGGCGGACCCCAGCCGCCUCCAGGGCCUGCCGGCGGCCGGGGCGGCGGGGGGACGGCUCCCGGCUCCGGCCGGCGGCGGGGAUCGGCAGAGGGCGCGGCGUCGCGACAGGCCGACGGUCGGCCCGCGCGACCGGCGGGCAACGGCACAGCUCGGGGCGAGAGCGGCCGAGGGGGCAAACAGCCGCGGCCCGGCUCCAAGACGGUGCUCACACCCGUGCCCAAGGGCCGGUCAGCCAAACAGAUCGCGGCGGGCCCGGUGCCGCGCGUCCCGCCGCCGGCCGUGGUGCCUACUCUGCCCGUCGUCACCGCCCUGCAGCGGCAUGAGCUCACGCACCUGCGCAUGGACGACCUGCUGCGUAACGGCGCGCUGGAGGGCGAGGGCCGGGUGACGGACGCGCGGCACCUGUGCUGCCAGCUGCUCGACUUUGCGUUCCGGCUGACGACGGCCAAGCGGCGGGUUCUGGAGGACCCGGAGCUGUACACGGGCGGGGACGGUGUGGAGCUGAGCAGGGCCGAGCAGCGCGCCCGCCGCCGGCGCGUCUGCGAGAAGCUGGCCGUGGUGCCCGGCAAGCUGGACCACGCCUCCGUGGUGGCCUAUCAGGUAGGCGAGGAAGCGGCGCCGCGCGCCAAGGCCGAGACUGCCAUCUAGCGGCCGGCGGGGCGGCUGCAGUGUGCCCGGCGGCCGGCAGAGGGCAGGCGGGUGGGCUCAGGGGCGAUACGGGAGGCCGGUGCCGAUCAGAGGCUAUCGUGAUGGUUGGCAGCUACUAGGACGGUGCAAAGGAAGCCACUAAGUACAUUGGUGUAAAUGGGCGCGAAUUAUUGAAAGCUAGUCAGUCUAGGAUCUGUCUUUGUUUUGUGCCACAUCUUUUUAGUUGCGAUGUUCCCAACCCGGGCCCAUAGCCUGAUGCACGGAAUAUGAGAUGCACCUUAGGUUCAAUUUAAGUACAGUUUCAAUUACGAUCGACUGGGACCCUUAGCAAGUAAUAUCCUUUCACAAGUCUAUGCCUAGGGAACAGCAUAAAGUUGAGUAAAGUGUGUAUGACUUACACACAAAGUUGCUUUCAGAUACCUUGCCACGCCUAUGUUGUGUGAUACGAUUUAGCAUUGUAAGUCUCCCUCGAUUUCUCCACAACACUGUGGCAAGAAAAGUUCCGGACAUUUUCCACUUUUGCUAGUCUUAGGUGGUAGGUUGUAGAACCAAAGCCCCAUUCGCGAAAUAUGUGCUGCAUUAAGGUGUGCAAUUUAAGCCGUGUUGACAAAUCUCGCCAUUGUAUGUGAUAAGGGAAAGUAUGUGGGUUAAACCUCGUGUAAACGUUUCCGAGGUUUUCGUUUGACCUGGCAGGUUUCUUUGGAAUGACCUAGUUCAACACUGAUGAUAUUUGAAGCGAAACGCACACCGAUUGCUGUCCCAUAGAUCUGAACAGGCACUUUACACCCCAACUUUGGACCAGUUUGCUUCUGCCGCCGUUGCCGUUACAAGUGAACGCGUGAAACUGCCGUUGAAGCCUAUAUGUGGUAGGCGAUAUAAUCCAGUGUAUGAAUUGUGUAAGUGUUGUGAACGGGGCGGGCUUCCUUAAGGGCUGCCGAGACGGACGUAGUGGUUCAGUAUUCGGGAGGUGUCGUGUCUUGGGACAAAGUUUUUUUUCAGAAUCUCUCCUGUUUAGUGUCUACUAUCACAGAAUCCCCUUGUAUUGACGGCGCUCGCUCGGCACAUUUGCGUGCUAUGAAACGGUUCUCCUCUCUAGGUACUCUCGUCAAAUGUUGCAGUAUUUAACAUAUGUCUAUCAAUUUUUGUAUACAACUUUUGGAAACUAUGGGUAUUGUAACGUGUUCCACCAGCAUGAUGGGUGUGUUUGAGCGCAGAUUGUGUCGUGAAGUCGCACGUGCAUGUGUGCGAGCACACAAUACAGAUAAACUUGUGGCUACAACACUAGAAGAAAUGUAGAAGUGUCUGAUGAAAUUAGUUCGGGAGUAUAGAUACUGUUCGUAGUUGGUGUAACUACAAAUAAGUCCGGUGAUAGUUCCAUUAAUCCCCUUGGUCGAUACUCUCAAUACUGACCGCUGGCAGAGUCCACUGACGGAACCCACCGCUUUGCGAAUUACUGCGUAUAUGAAGCCCUGUUAAAGUGCGGUCCUCGAGAAGAAACUAGGAGAUUGGGACGUGUCUAACGUACUGACAAAUGAACCAUGUAGCCACGAGUCACGUAUAUACGCCGGGUCCGUGUAUGUGCGGCGCGCGUUGUUUCGUGAAGCGGGAGCGGCAUGCUUGAGCAUUGCGCCGUACUGGAGCUUUUUAUCGAUGGCUCGUAUAUUUUGCGAUGUUACUUUUUAACGUGCUUUUACCGUGGCGCUCGGGAACUGCUACCUGUGCCCUGAUGUGUGGUCGUGACAAAACAUGUUUGUGGUCUGGAACUGUUGAACGCGGACUGUGUCAUGUUCCUGAACAAGCGGCAAUUUGAUAAUCUCACUGGUGGAUGGACGUGAAAGGGGCUGACCUUCGUUUAUUUGCUGUUUCAUUUGAUACAAUGCUCUUACCUUUCACUGCCGCGAUUCGUGUUCGCUGCUGAUGCUAAUAAUGUCGUCUUGUUUGCAUUUAUCCGGAGGGAUUUUGUAUUUGACGCUUCGAUGUUUUCCUAUGUACGUGUGUUGAACGCUGAAGUACAUUUUGUCGCAAUA